UGUAUUACAGAACCAUUAUUUUUUACUGUAUAAUUAUUUUUUACUGCACUUUCUCGCCAUUUUGCAUCUCCUCUCCCCAUGUCAACAGUUACCUGAAUUUACAACAUUCAGUUCAUAGCUCCAGCAUGUAAAAAAUAUGACCCGAAGGAAUGGCAGGAAGAUGUGCCAGGGGAGGUUUAGAUUGGACAUGAGGAAAAGGUUCUUCCCCCAGAGGGUGGUGGAGCACUGGAACAGGCUCCCCAGGGAGGUGUCACGGCCCCAAGCCUGACAGUGUUUAAGAAGAGACUGGACAACACCCUCAGACACAUGGUGUGAACUGUGGGGUUGUCAUAUGCAGGGACAGGAGUUGGACUCAAUGAUCCUUGUGGAUCCCUUCCAGCUCAGGACAUUCUGUGAUUGUAUGAAUGUUAAAAUCAAGACCAGCCUUUGCAAAGGGCCUGGCAUGAAGCCUUGGAGGCUGGAAUUAGGUGUCUGGCUGUCACUGAGGCUGCUACCUGCUGGGGACAUGAAACCCAGCUGUGGUGAAUGAAGUACAGCAAAGGUAAUGUGAUGAACGUGUGAGCUGUACUGUGUGCCCAGGGCACGCCUGCCAUUCAAACUGUAUGGCAGGUACAUGGAAAGUGGAAAAUGGCAAUAGCCCCUCUCCUUCCUUUCUUGUUUCUUUCCCUUCCAGAUUUCUCUUUCCUUCUUCCUUUUUGUCUUUCAUUUCUCACUUUCCAGCUGCACCUUGCUGGGCUGUGUCUGUUUGUGAAGGCCUGACUCAAUAAGAAGCACAACCCCAAUGAGGAUCUUCAGGGCCAGUCAAGUUGCUGUCACUUGCCUAAUGGCAAGAUGCUCAGAGCUGCCCCUGCCGAGGAUGGGUGACUCCUCUGAAACGGGAACAGCAGGCUGGAGCAGCCUGUUUUCAGGGUACCACGUAGUCAAGUGAAGCAGGAGGGAAAAUAGGCGAUGAAAAAAUGGCACUGAGAUUUUGUCUCAGAGGAAUGCUGUACCGUUCUGUCUCCUUCUCUUGUGUCAGGUCAGCAGAACUGGUACUGGGUCUUAUUUCUUCUUUCUUUCCUUGAGAAGGUAAAAUAGAGGGGAGGGAGGAAUAUUCAUGCUGCUUCUGCUUGAAAGCUAACUUCUAUGUAGUCCAAGUCAGCUUUGAAAUUGAAACCUCCCUGGAAUAAUGUAACAGGAGAGGCUGAGUUCCUAUUUAGACUGAUACUAUUUGGCUGAGGGCAGUCUUUACUUCAGAGUAAUUUGGGGAAGUGACAGACAGCCAUGACCUUGAUUUACUUUGUAACAUUUUGGGUUGAAAUGGAAGAGUAUUGAAAUUUAGAAUUUUUUUGAAAAUUGCAGGGACAUCAUUAAAGGAGAGGACUUUCAGUUCUUCCUUUCAGUAUACUCUGUAAUGUUAAAAAUAGCAGAGGAUGUAUAAUGGAUGUGUGACAUUCAUCUGCUGACUUCUUCAUGUCUGUUACCAGACUUGAUUGCGUUUAAAGACUAGUCAAAGCAGAAAAGUAGUCCAGAACUCUCAGCUCACCUCUGAAUGAUGCUCAAAAUGGAGAACACCCCUUUAUACACUAUAAUAUGUUUGUUAAACUGUGCUCAUGGGAGGCAUAGUGCUAGAUUAAAGAGGAUAUUGGAAAUCCUGAACAAGGUGCAUUUGUUAAGGCAAGUGGAGAAUUCAUGCAGUAUGGAGGAUAUUCUACCCCAUUUACUUUGGAGAUACCCCAAGGUACACUGAAAUGCAUACAUUAAGGCAGAGCUGCUACUUGACACUCAUUUAUUUGAGUACUGAUCUUCUACUCGGUCACCCAAAUACUUGAAACAAUCUGCCUUUGCCAAAUGAAACUGUUAGUUAAUAUCUGUGUAACAGGAGGGGAAAUGAUGGGAGAGGUGGGCAAGUUCCUCUUUCUUCUGGCUGGAAGGAUUUGUCCCUCUUUGAUUGGGACUUUAGGAAGCUCUGGAUGUUGUUUCAGCCCUCAUUUAUUUAUGUUGGGUUCUUUCCACCCCCAAUCCCACACUUUGUUUGCCUGUUCUUUCUUACAGGAAUGGGUAUGUUUGCCUUCCUAGAAAAACAUCUAAUGAGCAUGGAACUCAUAGAGUUGGGAGCGAUUAUAGCCAGCCAGCAGUCUGCAAACAGUCCCAGAUGUGGACUGAAACAAUGCCAUCGAUUAGGAGAACCAAAGAUUUAAAAAAAAAAAAAAAAAAAAAGUGGAUGUCCAAAUGUUUCUUCAGGGGAUAAAUUACCUGGGUGCUUGAGAUCCAAAGUGCUGAUAGACGUCUGAGAAGCAGAUUUAAGAAAACAGAAACAGUAAAAAAAUUGUCCCAUUAACUGAAGAAAACCAAAAAGUAAGACUUAAUGUGGAUUUUUCAUCUUGUCCUUUACUCUCUGAAAUGCUCUUUGCCUUCUCAGAAAAGCCACAGGGCACCUUUCUAUCUCCCAGGACAAGUAGACCACCAUUAGCACAGGCCCAGCCAGCCAGUAGGUUCCCAUUGGAAAGUGUAGUAGUUGAAUUUUACCUGGCUGUCCUCAAUGAGAGUGGCACUGAUUUGUGGGGUUUUUGAUUUUUUUUCCACCUAGAAUGUUCACGAACUUAUUUAUGUAGAACAUAAUCAAAUUAUUAAGGCAAAUAUGGGCAGGGAACUCAAAAAUUCCAGGGAUGGGAUGCAGGGGACAGACAGUGGGUUUGCCUUUUUUCCUUAAGAAACUGGGUUAAAUGCCUCUUUCAUUUAGAAGGGAAAUAUGGAGAUUUAACUGGUGAACUGGCACACUUUCUGCUUUUUUCUCUUUUGAUCUAGUAUAUGAUGUAUAAUCGAUGUUACUCCAGAGAUGUUAUUGAUGCUGCUGCGUGUACGUAGGUAGGAUCCCCCUUUGCUAAUGACUGUGAUAACCUUAUCAGAGCAGUGAGAAAACUGAGGUUUGACUAAUGAGUGGUGGCAGAGGACAUGCUAUUCUGUAUUUAUCUCAAGGUUCACAUCAGAGGAGCUUCGAAGAUGGUCCCACAUCCCCAUCCACCACAGUCAUAACUCCUCAGUCUCAGGCCUGUGCCGGAGGCCAGUGUCUGCUGCACGCCUUGCUAAAAGAUGGAGAAGGAAACUCCCUGUAGCAGCAAUCCUACCUCGGAGAAACACCACCUGCUCUUUGCAGAGUGCGUAACAUUCCUGUGUCCCAGCUGAGAGAAGAUGUCAGGUUUUCAACCCUGGCUCAUUCAGAAGGGCUCUGGUGUUUGAUAUGAAAGUGUUACCAGCCCACACGCAAAACACAGCUCUGCAGAAGGAGAGAAGCAGGAGGGAGUUAUGAAUAAACCCUGAGGCAGGAUUUUUACUGACUUCCUUCAGCUUCCCGCUGGCUCCCUGUCUUCAGCAGGGAUUUUCUCUGGGACCUGGCGCACCGUCAUGUUCCUAAUUCAGAGAGCUGCUGGGGUUUCACUGCUGAAAGACUUCUGCAGUGUCCUGCUAUGUAAGACAUUUCUAGAGUGCCAAGAAGUACCAUCAUGUGACAAGUCUGUGACAUCCCACUAUACCUUUUAGAGGAGUUUGCAUGAGUUUUGGGAAGGUUUUACAGCCAUAUCUCAAAUACUCACCUCCAAUCAACCUAGCAAAGAGGGUUAUAUUUGUGUGCAGGCUGUAUAGGCAGGUAAUUCACAAAAAACUCUGAGCAGGUUUGCAAACGCAGCCUUACCCCAUCGGUCAUGUCGCUUGUGCAAUAUUUGAUACAUCUGCGGCAUUGCUGGUAGAGGUAAGAGAUCCAGAAUGCACGUCUGUGUUUAUAUCUGCAUGCAGCUCUGUGUAUAUAUAGUAGGUAUAGGAAGGCAUAUGUUAUACAUAUGCAUGUACACACAGACUCUUUUCUUCUGCCAGCACUGUGGCUGCCACCACUGCUGCUGGCUGCUGCCACGAGCACGGGAGCAUGAGGGGGCUGCAGAGCCUGAGAGCCGCCGUCCAUCCAUCCAUCCCUCCCUCACCCCGGCGGCAGCAGGGCCCACCUCAGCCACCCCAGUGACUGCCGGACACCUCGGGGAUGGGCAGCCCCAGCACCAGCCCCCGCGCUAACCUGGGAGAGAAAAGGCAGGUAGGGAAAAUGAGGCAGCCGGUGACCUUGGCAACAAACAGGCCCCUCAGCUCAGCCCCUCAGGUGGCUCCUGCAGCUGUCAGUCAGUUGUGACAGUGUUUUGGGAAGGCCCCCUUCAGUGAUGCUUUAGGCAGAGAGUGCCGGGGCUCCGGCAGCCUGUGCGCUGGGUGCUCGCAGCCGGCUGCUGUGUAGCAGCUGGGAGUGCCGGCCAAGGGAUUUUGCUGCAGCAUCCUUCCCAGAGGUUAGAGGAGGGAAAUAAAUGGAGUUGUGAGGUGAAUCCUGGGUACCAGGGGAGCGCUCCGGAGGUACCUGCUCCCUGUCGAUGCCGGUGGAGCCAGCAGGGAUAGAAAUGAGACUGAUCUCAGCCCAGCGGCUGGGUGUCCUGGUCUGCAGCAAGUGCAGGGUUAUUAAAUCCAGAUAACAGUGUGUAAGAGAAGAGGAUUUUGUGAGAAGCGACAAUUGCUUGGGAGCCACCAUCGCCUAGGUCCUCCAGAUGACCUCGUCCCAGGUAGCUCUGCUUGGGAUUCUUUUUUAUUACAGAAGUAGAGUUGGUGUCUGAUGAUGUCAUGCUCAGGGGGAGGGAAAUUAAAAAAAAAAAAAAAAAAAAAAGAAAGAUAGAUUGCAGUCCUAACGCAAGGAGGAUGCAGCAAACCACAGAGAGGGUCCUCUGCUUUAAGGAAGACAAGGCAGAAGGCAGAACCCCUAGGAGGGUCUUUCUCCCCUUCCUGCUUCAAAGAGGAAGACUGCCUUCUGUAAACGGAGCUGGCUGUGUAAUGCACUAUACAUCUCGAGCUGUCUCCAACCUGGAUGCAGAGAGCAAACUGAGUGUCUAUUACCGAGCACCUUGGCAUCAGCAAAGAAACAUCUUCCUCCCCUCCACCAGACCUCCUUGCGUGGAGGAGCUGCACCACCACGCCAAGCAGCACCUGCGAGCCUUGCGCAGAGAACAUCGAAGCCGAGGUGAUAACAGAGAGCAAAAAGUCCAAGGCCCCAUCGCUGUGGUGGCUCCCCCAUUUCCUCCAUUCCCUGCAAUCUGCAGUCAAAAGAGGCAAGCGAUAAAGGACCGGCACUUCCUACCAUUUAACAGCACCCGUUCGCCCUCCCCAAUUGAGUGUUGCCACAUGACCCCUUGGAGUAGAAAGUCCCAUCCACCAGAGGACGAAGAUACAGAUGUCAUGUUAGGGCAGAGGCCGAAAAAUCCAAUACAUAAUAUCCCUUCUACACUGGAUAAACAAACCAAUUGGAGUAAAGCACUACCUCUCCCAACUCCAGAGGAGAAAAUGAAACAAGAUGCCCAAGUGAUAUCUUCUUGCAUUAUCCCCAUCAAUGUCACUGGAGUUGGUUUUGACAGAGAGGCUAGUAUACGCUGCUCUCUUGUUCAUUCACAAUCUGUACUACAGCGGAGACGAAAGUUGAGGAGGAGGAAAACCAUCUCUGGCAUCCCCAGAAGAGUGCAACAAGAAAUAGAUUCAGACGAGUCGCCGGUGGCAAGAGAGCGUAAUGUGAUUGUGCACGCAAACCCGGACUUCUCCGGCUCCGGCAGCAGGAGGUCGGGGACCCGGGACUCCGAGUGCCAGACAGAAGAAAUUCUGAUAGCUGCUCCUUCCCGGCGCCGGAUCCGCGCCCAGAGGGGUCAGAGCGUUGUCGCUUCCCUCUCCCAUUCUGCUGGCAACAUCUUGGUGCUGGCGGACAACGGGGAUGCCGUCUUCACCACCGCUGUCAGCAACCGCAUCCGCUCACGCAGCCUUCCUCGUGAGGGUGGCCGGGCCAGCGAGGGCCAUCAGGACGCCACUGGCAAGAGUACAGGGUACGAAGCAGAGCACUUCCUAGGUGGCCAGGAGAGGAUCCCGAAAAAGGGGAAGGAAAUCUUGAGCAAGCAGGGUUCACAAGAGUGUCAGCCCAUUGGUUUAACUUGUCCUCAGCACCUGCACAGCCCUGAACACAGCAUUGGUGAGAGGGGGAGAUCGCGGCUGUCAAGGAUGGCCGAUUCAGGCAGCUGCGAGAUUUCAUCCAACUCAGACACUUUCGGGAGCCCCAUUCACUCUAUCUCCACGGCAGGAGUCCUGCUCAGCAGCCACAUGGACCAGAAAGAUGACCACCAGUCCUCCAGUGGCAACUGGAGUGGGAGCAGCUCCACGUGUCCCUCCCAGACAUCUGAAACCAUUCCUCCUGCUGCCUCUCCUCCGCUGACGGGCUCUUCACACUGUGACUCCGAGCUGUCGCUCAACACUGCUCCCAAUGCCAAUGAGGACUCUAGCAUCUUCAUCACGGAGCAGUUUGGUGACCACGCAGACAAGGUCAGGGGCCACAGGGCGAGCUCCUUUACCUCUACUGUGGCGGAUUUACUGGAUGACCCCAACAACAGCAACACAAGUGACAGUGAGUGGAACUACCUGCACCAUCACCAUGACGCCUCCUGUCGCCAGGACUUCAGCCCCGAGCGCCCAAAGGCGGACAGCCUGGGAUGCCCCAGCUUCACCAGCAUGGCCACCUAUGACAGCUUCCUCGAAAAGACCCCCUCUGACAAGGCAGACACUAGCUCACACUUUUCUGUGGAUACCGAAGGAUACUAUACCUCCAUGCACUUUGACUGCGGUCUCAAGGGUAAUAAAAGCUAUAUUUGCCACUAUGCAGCCCCAGGCCCCGAGAGCAGCCAGCCUGGGAGCGUGACCUCCAGCCUGGCUGACUGUGCCUGGCAGGAGUGUGUGAGCCACAGGAGACAGGGACGGCAGAGCAUCUCGCUGAAGAAACCAAAGGCAAAGCCAGCCCCACCAAAACGAAGCUCGUCUUUGAGGAAAUCGGAGGGCAGCACUGACCUUCCUGACAAGAAAGAACCAAAGAUCAGUGGCGGGCAGCAUGUGUCUCACACCGCCAGGGAGAUGAAGCUGCCCCUUGAGUUUUCAAACACACCUUCCCGAGUGGAAGGCCCCAACCUGCCAGCCAAGCAGGAGCUUCCCUGGGCAAACCAAGGCGAUGGUGGGUUAAAGGACACUCCGUUCGACACCACUGAUAUCCCCUCCUUUAAAGACGAAGGUGCUGAACAACCUCACUAUGCAGACCUCUGGCUUCUGAACGACUUGAAAUCCAGCGAUCCUUACAGGUCCUUGUCCAAUUCGAGCACCGCUACGGGUACUACAGUCAUAGAGUGCAUCAAGUCACCAGAGAGCUCCGAAUCCCAGACGUCCCAGUCUGGAUCACGAGCCACCACCCCAUCCCUCCCUUCGGUCGAUAAUGAGUUUAAGCUGGCCUCCCCAGAGAAGCUGGCGGGGUUAGCUUCACCCUCCAGCGGGUACUCCAGCCAGUCGGAGACACCCACCUCUUCUUUUCCGACGGCAUUCUUCUCGGGACCCUUGUCUCCAGGGGGAAGCAAGAGGAAGCCGAAAGUGCCGGAGAGGAAGUCAUCGCUGCAGCAGCAGGUCUCGAAAGACAGCACCGCCUCGGUGAGCAAAGACCUCGAACUUCCAAUUAUACCUCCUACUCACCUCGACCUAAGUGCUCUUCACAAUGUCUUGAGCAAGCCCUUUGCCCACAGGCACCAGCUGCAUGCUUUCAGCCAUGGCAAGCAGAGCGCGGUCGGGGAAGCCCUGCAUCCCAGCCCUCCCUCUGCCCUUGCCAUCACGCCCUCUGUUCUCAAGUCUGUCCAACUCCGGGCAGUCAGCAAGCCUGAAGGAGGGAAACAGAAAAGCAAUGUGCCAGACCUGCUCUGCAUACAGGAGACCACCUUGAUGGCGACUGAUGUUUCUCCAGGCAAAAUGAAGCCACUCUUAGCUAAGAAACCAAUAUCGCGCCAGUACUCUACGGAGGAGGCCAUAAUGUCAUACAUUGAUGCUUCCCCAGCAGAAGCCGGCCCUGGAAAGCCGCCUUUAGAGAAAAGCUCCUCUUUCAGUGGGCAGAAUAGCUGUGAGCGAGAAGCUGUAACUUCAGCAAGCGUGGGUCUGGUUGAAAUCAAACCUGGGAAGGACCAAAUGCACCCAACCGCUGAGCACUUGCCAGAAAGUGCUUUGAAUCAGAUGUGUGCCACCUCCACAGAUGGGUUUGAGAAGGGCUCAGCUGUCCUCACAGGUGAUCAAGAAGCAAAGAAACCCAGCCAGGGAGCAGAAACAGAGCGUGACCUUCAGCAAGAGCAGGCUCAGAGAGAGCUCUCUGCAAGCGGUGAUGGGAGGUUGGAAGCUGGGCCUCCAGGCGAAAGCCCAGCUGAGGCUGAGGGGGUGGCCAUCAGUGAUCAGCUUAAGCAUCAGCCUGAUCUAAUCCACCACGUGCCUGGGAAUAUCAGUUAUGACACGGAGAUGGCGGCAACGAGUUCACUCAGCGAAGCGAGUUGCAAGCAGGAAAAUGAUAUUGCAUCAGGUAUCCCAACCAAAAGUGCCUCUGAUGACAGCAGAGCGGACGAGACAGCAGGCAGCGUGGACGAACCUUCGCUGAAAGAGUCUUCUCCAAGCGAUGAGUCCAUCAUCUCUCCACUAAGCGAGGAGUCGCAGGGUGACGCUGAGGACGUCUUUGUGUCUCCAAACAAACCCCGCACUACAGAGGAUCUGUUUGCAGUCAUUCACAGAUCAAAAAGGAAAGUUCUCGGGAGAAAGGAUUCUGGAGACCUUUCUGUAAGAAACAGGUUGAGAGCUUCGUCUGGAACUAGCAGCCAGCCCCCUGCCAGCAGCAUGCUGCCCACCAGCAAUGUGCAACCGGCCAGCAGCGUGGGCACUCCCAUUAGCAGCCAGAGGUCCCCUGGGCUCAUAUACAGGAAUGCCAAGAAGUCAAACACAUCCAAUGAGGAGUUCAAACUACUGCUCCUUAAAAAGGGCAGCCGAUCCGAUUCCAGCUACAGGAUGUCUGCUACGGAAAUUCUGAAAAGUCCUAUUUUGCCCAAGUCUCCUGGAGAGCUGACAGCAGAAGCCCCCCAAAGCCUGGAGGAGUCUUCCCCUGCAGCGAGCCCUGACGCAUUGUCCCCACUUUCCCCCUGCUCCCCUAGGGUCAAUGCAGAAGGAUUCUCCUCCAAGAGCUUUCCCAUGUCAGCAUCUUCGAGAGUGGGGCGCUCACGGGCGCCGCCGGCAGCCAGCAGCAGCCGGUACAGCGUGCGCUGUCGGCUGUACAACACGCCAAUGCAGGCCAUCUCCGAAGGAGAGACGGAGAAUUCAGAUGGCAGCCCCCACGACGAUCGGUCUUCUCAGAGCUCAGCGUAAGCUGCACAGGCGCCAGGGACGGGCUGCUGACACCACUUGGGUUCUGGAAGGAUGUGAAUAUAAGAGGACAAUGCUGUAGCAGUCAAAAAAACCCAACAAAAACAAAAAACAAAACAAAACAAAAAAAAAGGAAGAAAAAAAUUGCAGGGCAAUAUCGAUGCUUAAAUGUGUUUGUGUUUAUAAGAUGUUGGGGAAACAGAACAGAGGACUACAGCUGUAGCUAUUUAUUACACUACAUUUUCUAAAGGAGGAAGAUAUGCUAUGUCUGUUCUAUUUUCUUUUAGCUCCAUUUGGUUUAUCCCUCUCUCAUUUCCUUUGUCACUGUAGAUUUCAAGGCUAUAUACUUUCCAUAGACUUAAAAGUGACUUUGGUUUGGGUUUUUUUUUGUUUUUUGGAGGGGGGGCUGGUUUUUGUUUGUUUGUUCUAGAAGUUACCCAUUCCCUCACUGUAGUGCUUCCCUAGGAAGAAAGAAAAAAAAAAAAAAGCUCUUGAGGAUUGGUAUUUUUCUACACUAAAAUGAGCUGAAAUAAAAUUUAGAAGAACUUAACAUAUGUAAAUACCAUAUUUUUGAUAAAAAUUUGUAAAUAGAAUUAUCAAAAAGUGGACAUGGCAAAUUAUUUACUGCAUAACAGCUUUGUUUAUAGAAGACGAAAGAAGUCAAAUGUAAUAACUGUAUUCUGUGAAUACCAUUUUCAUAUCAAACAUAAAAAAUUCACAUGGCCACUGAUAACCACUUUCAGUGCGACAAGCCUGAAGGACAGACAUUGAGCAGGGGAAAGGAGGAAUUCUCUGCCUUAGCGGAGGAAAUAGAAAGGCUGACUGCGAUGAGAUUAAAGUAACCAUUUGUCUUUCUAAGGCAGCUCCAAAGAAGCUAACUGAAAAGCACAGCUGGGAGGGUUACCAUGAGGAUCGGUGGGGAAGGUGAGCGUUCUUCCAACAGAGCAAAGUCAUGACCGAUGCAAAGCCCCAGAGGGUCCCAUCCCACAGCCUCCCCUGGGCCUUUAUUCAUGCAGGGAUCGCUUCAGAGAGGAUAGAUGUGGGAAGAAAUAGUAUUUAACUUUCAUAUUCCUAUUAGGCUAUUGGGAUACAUAACACAGUCAUAACCACGUAAUUAUAAUCUUUAAACAUGAUUAGUUUCUGGUUCGUAAAGGAAACAAAUAAAUUAUAAGCAUGCAAGAAGCGCUUUCGAUUUAUCAGUAAAUAUCUGCGAUGAGUUUUCAGUGAAGCUUUCUCUUUGUGCUGAUGAGAUUCAUGCUACCUAAGUAUUUACAAAAACGACACUGUGAAAACCUAGCUGGGAAAUAGGUAUCUGUAUGCAUUAUUUAUAUUCAUUGCUGAGCUGGGAAGGGGAAGGCUGUGGUUCAUUGUGCCAGCCACAUACAGUUGGGAUCUUGUCUGGUUUUACCAGAAACAUGGAACAGGGUGAGGGAGUGGGGUGGGGAGGGAAAGGAGACAAAUCAAAGCAGCUGCUUUGAUACAAGUGAAGGCAGGGAAAUAAAAUCUGAAUUACUUGAAGUUACUUGAAUUUUCUCAUCUUAAAACUGCAAGAACAUGUACUUUUAAAACUAAACCCGUUAGUCGCUUUAUACUCUUGAUUUUUAAUCAAGAUAAAAACAACAGGCCUGAUUCUCCUUUGGAGCACCAUGGUUUCCAUUGAUGUAGCCCCGUUCAUGCUACUCAGAGAACAAGGCCCUCUGUCCAGAAUUGAUGCAGUCAGUGUUGGUUGCUGUAGGAUGUGGUUUGGAACAAAGGAAAGGGUAGUGCAGAGAAAAUAGUGUGAGGAUGAAUGUGGUGUGCAGUAGGACAGGUCGAGCAGGAUGGCAGAAAGAGCAUACUUUGGUACUAAAGAAAUCAACUAAAAGCUGGCUUUAAGCAUAAGUAAAUGAUAGGGAAGUGGGAGGUGUAAAAUUGGUAUUUACUAGGGUUUUUUUGCUUUAAUUGUAUAAUGCAUAUAGCUGCGGGCUUUUAAAAGAAGGUAGAGUGUGUUUUAAUGAGAAAGUUUCUGCCUAAAACUGUUAUGAUUUUAGAGAGUCUGAGCAAGUCAGAAUGGUUUAACAAAUCCCAAGAGUUAUUCUCCAUAAGGUUCAUGUCUGAUUUCAUCUAGCACAACGUCUACCACAAGAAAUAUAUUAUUCAGGGUUUCCUACCAUCCUCCUGUGUAGCCUGGUUGCAUUUGGUGUGUGAGGUAGAGUCGCUGUGCAUGUGCUACGUGUGUUGGGAAGAAGGGUGGUCUAUCAGCUGAAGGGCUGCAAAAUUGGGAAAUCUAAAUAAUCCAGAAGUCUAAUAUAGUUUUCAAGGAGGUAGUGGGAGCAAGGUUUUGGAAACAAAAGGCUAAUCACAUUAGUAGCUUGGUUAAGAAAAUGUCUGAACACAAGUGAAGUGAAUGAAUGAGAAUGUUUUAAGAGGGAAUAUUUAGCAUAUAACAAGCCACUGUCUGGAGGACAUGAGGAACAGAAGUUUAGAUAUUGGGCAGAAAAUCCUUAGUUUAUCAUCUUCAGUCAUUUUCCUUAAAAUUUUACCAGGAGCACUUUUACAACAUGUUUAAUAGUCCUGAGUUAAAUAGUCAUUCAAAACUGUGAAGAGAAUACAACUGAAUUGACUUAGAUGAUACCACUUUUUAUUGCAAGUCAAUAAUUUCAUAGAGAUGAUAAGUAUAUAUACUAAAAAAAUGUUUCCGACUGGAACGAGGCAAUACUUCACAUACAAAACAGCCACAGAACAAUCCCAUUAUAAGAUAGUAUUCCUUCUUUUGUUUAAUUUCCUAGUUUACGUUUAGCAGAUUGAAACCCAAAUAAAGAGAGAUUCUAAAUCCACUAUGAAGAACAAAAUUAAUAACAAUGUGGGAGUCAGAGGAAGACAAAUGGUGGGGACCUCUGUAGUGUUGCCAUUAAGGCACUGGAGGACAAGCUGUAAAGCAAAGGGAACGUCACUCACCUCUUGAGACAGGGUACUGAACAUGCAUCAGGGAACCACUGAACUGUCAUUUCAACCUACUGUUCCGUUGUUUGCACUGAUGUUACGGAAAUGAUUGCUGAAGUUAUACAGCUGUGUGUUCCGAAAAAUAACAUUUUCCCCCCUCUUUUUCUUUUCUUUUCUUUUUUUCUUUUUUGGUUGUUGUUUUUGUUGUGGCAGCAUAGAGGACAUGGAAUAGUUGUAGCAAAUAAAGCAUGUUUGCUUUUGCCAAAGGUCAGUGAUUGAGUGCAUUUGCUACAAUGGUGGCAGAUAGAGAAAUACUGUAGGUUAUGACUUAAAGAAUUAAAAUUAAAAAAAAAUUAAGAAGGUUACAGUGUAACUAUUUUGGUACUAGCACCAGUUCAUGCUGGCAGAAAAGACAAUGGUUUAUGGACUUGCAUCCAUUUUGUAUUUUUGUAAUAUUUGUAAAUACGAACUUUUUAAAUUGUUGCAAAGAUGGUUUCUUUUGUAAAAUGUUUUCAAAGUUUACAUUAAAUCCAAGCCUUUGUAUAUUUUAGAGCUGUGCAACACUUUAAGUCUUGUAUUUAUUUUUAGUAAAAACGGUGACAGUUUCAUUGUGAAUCCCUCUCGAAAAAUGUGUCAGAAAAGUUUGAUUACCUAGAAAGUGUGUAUAGAAACAGCAAAUAAACGUGACUGCAAUUAAA